AUGCCAGACUCGACCCUCUACCUCUACACCUCCUUGACCGCUGGGUCGUCGCACAUCGUCACCGCGACCUCCAGAAUCGAGACAAUCCUCAAAGCCAACAGACUCCCCUUCCGCGCUGUUGAUGUCGCCACCGACGAGGCCGCCCGGAAACUCUGGGGCCGACGCUCCAAGGGCAAGAAGCUUCCAGGGUUGGUGAAAUACGGCGAUAUUGUGGGAGAUCUUGAAGAAGUCGAAGAAUGGAACGAGUUCGGCGAACUACGCAUGGUAAUAAACAGCGUCCAGGACCUAGGUGGAAUGCCUGCCACCAGCAAUCCUCUCCCAGCGACCGAGACCAAAACCGAGCCGGCACCUGCCCCCAAACCCUCCACGAUCAAGAUCCAAGACCCUCCCGUUACCAAGCCCGAAGACAAGAAGGAUGAUAUGGCUGUGCUGGCCUUGCGCCAGGCUAGCUCUGAGGCUGCCACCAAGGCGAAGGCCAAGUCGGAGGAUAAGAAAGAGUCCGUUAAAGAGCAGGCUACAGAAGUACCCCCUGCCAGCCGCGCGCACCGUGGCUCAGUGGCCCCCGAAUUACCCGACACCGCUCCGGAUUCACCAAAGACGGCCAAACGCCCGACCCUAGUUCCCGAACAAGCGGCCAUGUCCUCGGCGAACUUCCACGUGGAUAACGCAGAGAUGCUCGGGUUGGUUGGACAUCACCGCGGGUCCCGGGUGUCGACCCUUGAGGACGCGGAUCAAGACAAGACGGUGCAUGAGAUCAGACAGUCCAUUUCUGCAGAGCCUACGGGCAAUCUCGACGCUUUGCGCAAGGAGGCUGCGGAGAAGACAAAGUCCCAGUCGAUCGAGGAAGUCCCAAGUCCGGUUGGUACCGAUGUGGUUAUCGAGAAUAAGGAAGAGCUCAUGGAACCCAAUGAGCCUAAGGGCAAUGCGAUCGCUGAAAUGAUUGCGACGGCUGUGGCGCCUCAAGAACCCAAGCCCGAGCCGAAAGUCACUAGUGCGAAGGAUGAUACCAAGGCAGGGCUGGUUCCCAAGUCGGCGGAGUAG